UACUAUUGCCAUUUCACUUGGUGUACAGUCCAACAAGCAUGCAGAGAGAUAAAACUCAAGUUGAUAAGUAAAAAUGUUCAGUGUGUAUUGAACAUAUUGUUGUAUCAAUUGCCAAAACAAAAACCAAAGCAGAAAAAAAUCAUUGUUUAUUACUCCAGUCCCGCAUCACUUUUACGUUCAGUCUGAAUUGUGGUGUAGUAGCAAUAUGUUCUCAUUGCAUUUAUUUUAACAUAUUUACCAAAAUUUUGUAUUAUUUUCAUAAAUUUCACAUUGUUUCAUGAAUUAAAAAAGAUUCCUUAAGUUUCACGCAAAAUUACAUAAUGCUAGAGAUUAGGAAAUGCGUUGUGAUUGUGUUAUUAUUGUGCGUUAAUUCAAUCAAGUGUGAAAUCGAUGAUGGUUCGAAACAAGGCCAACUGGUUUUCGCACAUGUGAUUUACAGACACGGCGAUCGCACUCCGGUAGACCCGUACCCAAAUGAUCCGUAUAAGGACAGGAAAUAUUGGGAAGAAGGUUACGGACAACUUACCAACGUGGGAAAAGAGCAACACUACCAAUUGGGUCAAUUCUUCCGAAAAAGAUAUCGUAAACUUCUUGAAAAUGGCAAUUAUUUACGAGAUUUUAUUUACGUUCAAAGCACGGAUGUAGAUCGUACAUUGAUGUCGGCGGAAUCGAAUUUGGCUGGACUUUUUCCACCCGAGGGCAAUCAAAUAUGGGAUAAUCAAAUAAAAUGGCAACCAGUUCCUAUUCAUACAAUACCCGAACAACUGGAUGGAGUUCUGGCGUCAAAACGGCCAUGCGCACGAUAUACGAUGGCCGCAAAGAAAUACCAAAAAUCACAAGAGUUUCAAGACUUGCUCAAUAAGUACAAAUCAUUGUUUCAGUAUUUAGAACAAAAUUCCGGUACAUCGAUUAAAACGCUCGAUGACGCACAGUAUUUGUACAAUACCCUCUGGAUUGAAAAUUUGAAAAAUUACACUUUGCCGGAGUGGACGAAAAAGAUUUUCCCUGGCGGUGAUUUGCAAUGGGUUGCAGAUCGGUCAUUUCAAGUGCAGACGAAUACACCCGAAUUGGCUCGAUUGAAAUCCGGUUUUUUGCUUCGCGAAAUGCUGGACCGUUUCGACCAAAAAAUUGCAUCAAAACUCAAUCCAGAUCGUGGAGUGUGGGUGUACAGUGCACAUGACACAACCGUUGCCAAUAUUUUGAAUAGUCUUCAAUUGUUUGAGCCACCACGUAGUCCACCAUAUACAGCAACUGUUCUCUUUGAAUUGUAUAAGAAAGGCGAUAGCUACUACAUUGAAAUUUUCUAUAAAAAUUCGACAAACGAGAAUCUGUCGCCUUUGAACAUGCCAACGUGUGGAGUGAGAUGUUCAAUAAGGGAUUUUCGACGAAUUUAUGAGACUGUGAUCCCAACGGAAUCAUUUGAAAAAGAAUGCGAAGUAUCACUAUUGUCUUUGACUUAUGAAGAAGUCGAAUAUCGUGGACUUGAUGGAAGUUGGCUUGCACUAACUUUGCUGUUGCUAGUUGUACUGGCAAUUGUUCUCAUGGCAUGGAAAAUGUUUCAACAAGAACGAAACAUGAGAUGGUACCACCGAAUCUAAGACGCGCACUCGUAAUCUCAUCAUUUUCAAUUGAUUUCACAAGAUGCCAUACAUAAAAAAAA